AUGGGGACUGAGGUUUCGCAGCAAGUCAAAGCUUCGCUGCAUCCCGUCGCAUCUCCAGAUGGUGCCUAUGUUGCAGCGCUCAAUGGCAGCAGGUUGCAGGUCCGCGCGGCUGCUUCUCUCACCCUAGUCCGCAGCAUACCUUUGCCCGCCGAAUACACGCUCAAGACCCUUCCAGCUCUACGCUGGUCACCGAUUUCAAGCGCUGAUCGGCAAACGCGACGGAUUCUCCUCGCCGACGACUCCAAUGUCCGGGUCUGGGAUCUCCAUGACGCACAGUGGACGGCGCUGAUCAACAAUGGUAGCGGAGGCAUGGGCAAGGUAGUCAACGCUGAGUUUGGGAAUAGUGCCGAUGAAGCCCUGGUCUUCUCCGACUUUGGGGCUAGGGUUACUGCGUGGUCUUUGACCACUGGACGGAGCGUCGAGAUAAGGGAUCCCAAAUUCUACAAGGACGCAAGAGGAAUUGGUUUCGGACCAGGCAACGGAAUAUUUGCGCUGCUGUCAAGGCCUGCAGCCCAGGACAUGAUCACGCUACAUGCGCGAGUUACUUUUUCCUUGCUCAAGACGGUCAUACUGGCAAGCAGCGAUGCGCAAGGCUUCAAGUGGAGCCCUGACGGAAGGUGGUUUGUUGUUUGGGAUGCUCCGAGUACAGGUUAUAGAUUAUACGUGUACACUGCGGAUGGCCAUCUCUACAGAACUUACAGCGGCGACGAGGAUGUGGAAGUCCGUGGGCUGGGCAUCAAGAGCAUAGAAUGGAGUUCUCGCGGGGACUUUCUGGCAGUUGGGGGGUUCGACGAGAGGGUUACUCUACUCUCCACGCGCACAUUUUCUCCUACAGUCUUCCUCGAUCACACGUCAGUUGUCCAACUGUCGGCUGGGGAAGUCUGGCAAGAGCAAAUCUCCGCAACGUCAGGUCAUUCAUACACCAGGGUACCGCAGCCAGUUUCGCCGCCCUUGGCGCCACAAGCCGCAAACGAACCUGUUCCGAAAAGCGGCAUUUCAGUUGUGGCUUUCAAUGCGGACGGGAGCCUCAUAGCGACCAGGGAUGAUUCAAUGCCGACGUCCGUCUGGUUGUGGGACUUGUCACGCCUUGCAGCCCGGACUGUGCUAAUUCAGCACUCACCCGUCAAAAGCCUGCAAUGGCACCCCAGCAUACCCAACUUGGUCUUGAUACAUUGCGCGCAAGAAGAGCCCAUAGUCUACUUCUGGGACGCCAGCACCAACGAGCCACGAGCGGUGCACAUUCCGCUAGAAAAGGCGGCGCCGAGAACAAGCAGCAAACUGGAGGCACGUUGGCUCGCAGACGGGUCUGAGCGCAAGCCAUCACUUAUAUUUAGCGACGUCCACGGCUUCCUGACCGUGUGGCCGGAGGGCAAAGAGACGAUACUAAGGUUCGACGGGUCGAGAGGCAGCAGGCCGGGGACGCCUGGCAGCACCAACGAAAGCGAGGACUCGCUGUACAACAUCCUGACGGGGCGCACGCCGGUGCCGGGGCAGGAAGACACGACGAGCUAUGACGUGGACGAUUCGGGGGACAGCGUGAUGCUGGAGGACACGUUCCAUGGCAAGGGGAGACACCUGCAGGGCUCGCUGAGGGACUCGGAGUGCUUUUAG